AUCGGUAUGCUUGAUCAUAAUUUCAGUUGACAUGUUGACAUGUUGACAGCUUCUAGAGUUUAGAACAAACAGCUAAUCGUGAGAUAAAUAAUUAGAGAAAAGCUAAUAUUUAUAAAAUUUAAGUAAAUAUUAAACAAUUAUUGCAUUGAUAGAUACCUUAAUUCAUAUUACGGCGGUAAUUAUGGGCUCAUAUCUUGAUCAAUUCAUCGGCAGAUAUAUAUAGUACUCUGCAGGAAUGCGUUCUGCUUGAAUUGGAUCCAGUUUGUGUGUUCGUUCUAAUCGACUAAAGGCUUCUGUUGAAGAAGAAACUCAGAUACAAUUAAGCGAACUAGUAAUGUUGUGCUGCAGAUCAAAUGACAAGGACUUUUGAGUUCAUAAUUUCAGGAAUCAAUUGAUGACUGCGGUCAUUAGGAGGUGACAAUUUUGAUGUUGGAACAACGACGAUCAACAUAACAGGUACCAACAGAAGAAGUUCAUCACAUCCAUGGUUGACAGUAGAUUGGCUCGACCCCAAUCGACAAUUUUUGAGUACUGACAUUCAAUUGAACUCGAUACUAUUUAUCAAUGAACUAGGUUUAGUGUACUGCAGGUUCAAUGUAGAUAAUGUUGAGUAUUUUAACGCGGUCAUAGUCGUUUGAUAUUUAAUAAAAUCUUUGGUGGAAUUUUAGUGUUAGGUGUCUUACGCGAGUUUGGAAAUUUUACAGGAAACUUUAUUAAAACUACGGAUACGGGCUUACCUGUAGUGAUAAAAGAUAUUCCUGCUUCAACCGACUACAUCGGAAAACAUCGGAAAUUCACAUUAUUCCGGAUGAACCCUGAACAAAUUCAGAAAUCUUUACUAGAAGAUUAUUCGAACUCAGAACACAUUCAAAAGUCUCCAAUGGAAGACUAUUCGAACCCAGAACAAAUUCAAAAGUCGUCAAUGGAUGAUUUUUCGAAUCCGGAACACAUUCAAAAAUCGUCGAUGGAAGAUUUUUCGAACCCGGAACAAAUUCAAAAGUCUUCGAUGGACGAUUUUUCGAACCCUGAACACAUUCAAAAAUCUUCGUUGGAAGAUUUUACCAACUCUGACUCUCUUCCAAAAUCCUCACUAGAUGAUUGCCCGGACGCGGAAGCUAAUCCAAAACCAAUGGAUGAUAAUUCUAAUCCUGUCAAGAAGAAAAAGAAGCCUAAAAAACGCCCUGUGAUGAUUGAACUCCCAAUUGAGACUUCUCGACAUAAAGGUAAACAUAUUAAAAGUUUGGAGCGGGAUACUGUGUUGAACGUAUUGGACUAUUUUAUUAAAGCCAACCCUGAUAAAAGUGUGGACUUUGCGAUGGGCAAAGCAGGUGAAGCAACGGGCAUCAGCAAGCGCUCUGUCUACAGAUUGAGAGCUGAACAAAAGAAAGGAGACGCCAAAACUGCUAGGACAGGUUGUAAAAAAAGAAAUCUCUAUAGAAACAGCCGAACAGUAAAGUAUGAUUUCUACACAAUUAGUGCCAUCAGAAAAUUUGUGCAUUCCUUAUUCAAAAGAAACGUCCCUCCCACCGUGAAACAAGUUUUGGUCAAGGUCAAUGCAGAUCCUAGUUUACCAAAUUUCAAAAAGAGUACGAUGUAUAGGUUACUUAUUGAUUCAGGAUUCACGUUUGAAAAGCAUAGCAAAAAGUCUUUACUGGUUGAGAAAGGUGAUAUUAUUUUAUCUAGACAUGCUUAUUUGAGGGAAAUCAAGGGAAGUCGAAAAUACAACAACCCAAUUGUUUACGUUGGUGAAACGUAUGUGUUUGUUGGACAGAAUACGCAGAAAGACAAAGGGGGCCCCUCGACUCACAACGAAGCAACUGCUGUGCCUGGAGACAAACUCCGGCCAAAAGACUUUGCCGAUAAAGGUCCCCGCUAUGUCAUUGUUCACGCUGCAAGUAAACAUGGAUUUUUAAAAAAUGCAAAACUGAUGUACAUGGCCACAAACAUUACAGACUUUCAUCCCAAUUCGGCAACGUUUGAAAAAUGGUUCAAGGAACAGCUGUUGCCGAAUCUUCAGCCCAAUUCAGUAAUUGUCUUCGAUAAUGGCAUCUACAAUUCAACGAGCACUCAUUUCCCAAACGCAAGCAGUUCGAAAGAAGAACUUAAAUUUUGGCUUAUGUCGAAAAAUGUACAUCUCCCUGAAGAUAGUAUGAAGAAAGAGAUGUUGCAUGAAGUGGAAAAAGUGAAACACUUGUAUUGCACAAGUUUGGUAGAUGAGAUGGCAAGGUACCAUGGAUUCAGGAUUGUCAGACUUCCACCUCAUCAUUCCGAACUGAAUCCCAUUGAGUACGCCUUCAACCAAGUCAAGGAGAUGAUCACCAUGCAAGUGAGUCAGACCAAACAGGAAAUCAAGCCUCGAACCAUUGAUCAAGCAUUUGAUGCGGUUACUGCCCAGAAUUGGAGACACUUUUUCAAAUAUGUAGAGAAGACUGAACAGUCAAUGUGGGAUGUUGAUUACCUGCAAGACAAUGUGGAUCAUUUGGCCAGUCAACUGCCCAAUUCAUCAGGCGACGACAGUGAUGAUCACGAAUUAGUCGCUUCUCACACUUCUAACAGUGGACUGCAUCAGCUGAUGAGUUUCACCAACGAUGCCGUUCACAACAUUCAGCACACAGGUGCUAGUCAAAUUAUGCAACUGACUCUCCCACUUCAUUAAUCAGGAGCACACUUCUCAAGUGUCUCGUUUUUGAGACAGCCCACUUAACUAUAACCCACUUAGCUAUAGUAUUAUUUUUUGGCAGAUUUAAAACCCAUAACUUCUCAAUCUCAAAAUUGAUCAACGUUUUUAUUAAAGAUAGAUGCACACCAAUUAGGCGAGAGUAGACAAUUAUAUUGGAAAAUUAUAGUAUAUUAUUUAAUUAUAUUACAACCAUCAAUGUGUUUUAGCCCCCAGUCCGAGCGAUUUGGUUAAUAAACCAAAUAAUUAAAAUAAUUGAAACCCGCUUGGGCCAUAAUAAUAUUCAUAUAAACCAUCAUAAUACAGUAUAUGUUUUUUGAUAGGCCCAACUAGAGAACCAUAAGCUAGAUGAAAAGAAUAUGAUAGUCUAAAUAUCACUAAAUUUGCAUGUAGAAUUAUAUACAGAUUCCUGUUCUUUUAUAUUAUUAUCGAAUGUUGUGUGAAGAAUUAAUUUAUUAUCUAUAGGCUAAUCCUUUCAUGAAAGUUUGUUUUUUAUUUUAUCAAUGUUAAAUAAUUAUUACGAAAUAUAUCAUGUUGGAUAAUAUUUCAUUUGAAUUUUAUGUAAUUUUCUCGAAAUAUAUGGUACUAGCAAUCAUAGAAUUAAGAAUUGAUGAGAUGCUUAUAAUUCUUCCAUGAUGAACAUUCAGCAGUUAAUGUUGUGUUAAUAAUAAUUCUUAUAGCACUUAUCUCUAGAAUAUUCCAUUUUUUCAAUAUUAUGUUAGAAAUUCAUAGAUUCAAAUAAAUACUAUAUAUAGCCUA